AUGUGGCUGAGAGAUGGGAAGGGAAAUCUCUACAAAAAAUAUAAGGAGGAGUGCAUAAAAGAAGGAAGAAAGCCAAAAUCAGAAUCAAAAUUUCAUGAUGGAUUGAAUGCUGGGAAUUUUAAAGAGAUGGUAAGAAUGACGGGAUUAUGCAAUAUUUGCGAUGACGUUGGAGCUAAAAAUUGGGACAGAUUCUUCGAGCUGAUUGAAAUGUUGAGAAAAGAGACAUGUGGCAAAACACCUAGUACAGACACAAUGGAUACCUUAGAAGAUGACGAGCUAGACCACAAAAAUGUCGAUAAAACAAAAGUGAGGAUAAUUUAUAUAACAGAUGAAGAUAGCGAGUACAAGCAACAUAACUCCCUCCCAGCAGAUUCUCCUGUUUUGAUGAUAGAAGUGAAUGAACACGUAUCAAAUUUACAUGAUUUUGAAAAGAGAUGCAAGAUACUAAAAGGACACCUGCUUUUGAAAUUUUUGUCCGAUCUCCAGCCACAUUCAUCAUGUCCUUUUCCACUGUUGGAUUUGCUUCUUAAUGAAAAUUUGUGUGGUAAAGACCAUCAUGAAAUUUGCCAGGAAUGCCUACACAGAAUAAUGCUUUUUGACAACCAUCAACGCAAGUACCCUCAACCCCGCGCGUAA